AUGUUUCAGUAUUUCACGUUUGGUGUUGGGGAAUAUUACCGUGGAAUUGUCAAAUCUGCGCAAGUCAAACAACUGCAGAGAUAUGUACCCAGUCUAAAGGUCGAGGACGUCGAGAGGUGAGGAACACUUUGAUGUGUUUCGAUCAAAAUGUCUUUAGGUCUAUGAGGCACCUGACGAUGAGACCAGAUUUUUUGAAACGACGCUUAAACAUAAGGCUUAAAAAUAAUAUGUUCAUAGACAACGCAGUAGUAUCGAGUCAUUUGGGAGCUUAAGCAACCACCACGACAGCGACAACGACAACGUCAAUAUUCAAUUGCACGUGCAUCACGCUUUUUAUAGUAAAUUUACGACUCCGACGUAAAAUCUCCUGAUGCGACGUUUUAAAGAGGACGUGAGCCUACAACCACGAGUUUUCCUUUCUCUUUUGAACCUGGAUAAAGUUCUUAACAAUUCAACUCCAACAUCCAAGGAAAAUCGCCUACAUUUGACAAAUUAAGCGCGUCCAAAAUAACGCAAUAAAGUUUGAAAGGACGCAAAUUCAUUUUUUAGCGACGUUUUCGCUGCCGUCAUUGUCCUCAUUGUCGAUCGGUCUUAAGCUCGCUAUUGGUCAAGCCCUAACUGAAAGCCAUCUUCGUCACUUCAUGUCCCGUUGUUUGUUUUGAAACUCGUCACCAGUUUCCGUGGUAAUAGAUAGGCCUUUUCUUAGCUUAUUGCACAAACUUCACUUUCAAAGCGAGGCCUACAGCUGUAGUUCAAAAAUAUCUACUGUGACGAUAGUAUACUACACUAUUAGUUGGCCCCACUAUCAUAACACGGCUGAGAGUAGUUAAAAAAAAUGCUCAUCCUAAAAGAUCCCAUAACAACAUUGAUACAGAUAUUUUUAACCAAUCAGGGGUCCUGCAGGAGUUCGUGCCCAGGCCAUGGACAGUGAUGGCAAUUUAGUUGAUGACUUCGUAUUUGAUGGAGGUACCGGGGACAUAGGGAGCCGAGUCCUGCACGCGAGAAAUGCGCCUUCUCCAGGGGCUACCUCCUCAUUGUCCAUCGCUAAAAUGGUUGCGGAGAAAGUGGAGGAACGAUUUCACCUCUGA